AAGUGAGAAUGAGGCAGCGGUUUGAGUGUUCCUUGUCAUUCGACAUUGGCGGUCAUUUGCUCAUCUCACUUCACUUGUGAUACAAACUUCACAUACUUGACAAAAAACCUUAUUCUUCUUGGAAAUACAUUGAGAUCUCCAGCAAUACAUCAAGAUGAAUGGAAUCCUCUUUGUGUUGUACUGCAUAGAAAUACUGGGUCCAGUAUUGUGUGGAGCUCAAACGACCUCUUAUCCUGUCACGUCAACGGGCAUUCAAAAUCCAAACUCCAGUCCUCCAGCUUCCAUUACAUCGCCCACAACUCGUCCCAACUCUACCAAUCCUUCACUCUCCCAGGACUCCAAUAAUCACAGCGCUUCACCUUCUUCUGGCCGACAGACCACCAUCGCUUCCACAACCACCAUCGCUUCCACAACCCCCACCAACCCACUUUUAAUGUCCAUUUACGCUAUGCAAUGUCGUCCAGUGGUCAUCAUGGCUGGUGGACUGAUUAUAGCCUGCGCUAUCCUGCUGAUUUCUACUCUGUUGCUCGUGUGUAAAGUUUGUCAGCUGAGCAUUCAAGUCAAGAUGCUGAGCGACAACGCUGACCUGAUCAGCACCACUGAAUACUGGAUGGGAACGGCCAAGAAGAGCAAAAGCGUGUCCGAGACGGAGGCCAAAGAGACCACCGUGCUAAUGGUGGACAUCGUUCAAACAGAAGAGCACGUGGGGGAGGGUGCCACCAAGGGAGAGGGCGGGAAGGGAAACAAGGAUGGGCAAAGGGAAGAGGAGGAGAAGGAGGAGGUGAAGGAGGAGGUGGCCAAGACUGCUGAGGGCAAGGAAGCUUCCGCUGAACCUGAAACCGCUGCGGAAGAUGCAUCCUCUUCAAAGUCGCCAGAGGAGGCCACUGAUCUCCAGUCUGUCAAAGCUGGAGCAGCCCCCACCUCUGGGUGCAAUGAGGAACCAAAAGAGAAGGUGUGAAGCUGUGUUUCCUGAGCACCUGUUUUGACUAUGUUUGCAAAUCCUUCAUGGUUAAAAAAAGGACAUUUUUAAACUGCAGCUUUUGCAUUAGAGUAAGUUGAGAGCUGCGCACGCUGCAAUCCGGUAAAUCUGUCACACCUGGGCACUGGGCAUUUGUAGUUUUAUAACAAUAGGUUGAUACUGUAUUUUACUAUCUAUCUAUUCUGCUAGACAUAUACUAUCUGUAACAAUCAGAGGAAUAAAACACCU